AUCAACAACUUACAACGUACAAUAUCGCCAUUAAUUUAUUAUUAUAAUCCAUCAAGUUUACUUUUCCUUUUUCUCAUUAUCUUGUCAAAUAAUGAGAGGCCUCGCUAAUCACCAACGCCGUUGGGCCUCUGACACCGUGCCUGCCAACGCCGUUGUGAGUUUAGCAUCUUCACCUGGAACUGAGUCGACAUCGGCUGAGGAGUAUGUUGAGGUAACGAUUGAUCUUCAGGAGGAUGACACAAUUGUACUCAGAAGCGUGGAGCCGGCGGCAAAAGUCAUUAACAUCGACGACGGACUCGGAACCGAGACACCGUCCUCGGCCUCGAGAUCGCCGACGAUAAAACGAAGUUCUUCGAAUAGGCUGAGACAGUUUUCUCAGGAGUUAAAAGCGGAAGCCGUGGCUAAAGCCAAGCAGUUUUCGCAGGAGUUGAGAGCGGAGCUGAAGAGGUUCUCGUGGAGCCAUGGACACGCCUCUCGUGUGCUGUCGACUUCGACUUCUUCGUCGGCUCAGAAUGGAGGUGGCGGGAGUGGAUUCGACUCGGCCUUGGCGGCUCGAGCUUUGAGAAAACAACGAGCUCAGCUGGAUCGGACUCGCUCCGGUGCACAAAAAGCGCUUCGUGGAUUACGGUUUAUAAGUAAUAGUACUAAAACCAAUGCGUGGAAUGAAGUUCAAAAAAAUUUUGAUAAGCUCGCUAAAGACGGUUUCCUCUAUCGUGCUGAUUUCGCACAAUGCAUAGGAAUGAGAGAUUCAAAAGAGUUUGCAUUGGAGCUUUUUGAUGCUUUGAGUAGAAGACGAAGGUUAAAAGUUGAGAAGAUUAGCAAAGAUGAACUUUACGAGUACUGGUCGCAAAUUACAGAUCAAAGUUUCGAUUCUCGGCUCCAGAUCUUCUUCGACAUGGUGGACAAGAACGAAGAUGGUAGAAUUGCUGAAGAAGAAGUAAAAGAGAUUAUUAUGCUAAGUGCUUCUGCAAAUAAGUUAUCAAGAUUGAAGGAGCAAGCAGAGGAAUACGCAGCUUUGAUCAUGGAAGAACUAGAUCCUGAAAGACUUGGAUACAUUGAGCUAUGGCAACUAGAGACGCUUCUGUUACAAAAAGAUACGUAUCUCAACUACAGUCAAGCACUGAGUUACACGAGUCAAGCCCUGAGUCAAAACCUGCAAGGUUUAAGAAAGAGGAGCCGAUUAAAAAGGAUGAGCGCAGAGUUGCUGUACUAUUUGCAAGAGAAUUGGAGGAGGCUUUGGGUCUUGUCAUUGUGGAUUUUGAUCUUGAUUGGGUUAUUUACAUGGAAGUUUUUUGAAUACAAACAGAAAGCCGCGUUUCAGGUCAUGGGUUAUUGUCUUCUUACUGCAAAGGGUGCAGCUGAGACAUUGAAGUUCAACAUGGCUAUUGUCCUUAUGCCUGUGUGUAGAAAUACUAUUACGUGGCUAAGGUCCACCAAAUUGGGUUUCUUCGUGCCUUUUGACGACAACAUCAACUUCCAUAAGACGAUUGCUGCAGCAAUUGUAGUUGGUGUCAUUCUCCAUGCUGGUAACCACCUUGCAUGUGAUUUUCCGAGGCUUAUAAAUGCUUCUGAAGACCAUUACGAUAAACUAAUCCAUGACUUCGGGGAACAUAAACCCACAUACUGGGACCUGACUAAAGGGCCAGAGGGUGUCACUGGAAUCCUGAUGGUGAUAUUCAUGGCGAUUGCAUUUACCCUAGCAACUCGCUGGUUCAGGCGGAACCAAAUUAAGCUACCCAAGCCCUUUGACAGGCUCACAGGUUUCAAUGCCUUCUGGUAUUCACACCAUCUAUUCGUGAUUGUAUACAUCUUGCUCGUCAUUCAUGGCGUUUUCCUUUACAUGGUUCAUAGAUGGUACAAAAAGACGACAUGGAUGUAUCUUGCCGUUCCAGUUCUUGUAUAUGCUGGAGAAAGAACUCUGAGAUUCUUUCGUUCUGGCUUCUCUACUGUCCGGCUUCUUAAGGUUGCCAUAUAUCCCGGGAAUGUUCUCACAUUGCAAAUGUCUAAGCCUCCACAGUUUCGGUACAAGAGUGGACAAUACAUGUUUGUUCAGUGCCCUGCUGUGUCUCCUUUUGAAUGGCAUCCGUUUUCAAUCACCUCUGCUCCUGGCGAUGACUACCUUAGUGUUCACAUCCGGCAGUUGGGAGACUGGACUCAAGAGCUUAAAAGGGUAUUCUCCGAGGCAUGUGAACCUCCUGUAGCUGGGAAAAGUGGGCUUCUUAGGGCUGAUGAAUCAACGAAGAAAAGUCUGCCAAAGCUCUUAAUAGACGGGCCAUAUGGUGCCCCAGCACAAGACUACCGGAAUUAUGAUGUCCUCUUACUUGUUGGUCUUGGGAUUGGAGCAACGCCAUUCAUCAGCGUUCUAAAAGAUUUGCUUAAUAACAUUGUCAAACAGGAGGAGCAAGCAGAUUCGGCCUCAGACCUUAGUAGGACAUCGGACAUGAGUGUUGGCAGCAAUGACUCUACUCACAAUAGGGUUUCUCCAAAACGGAAGAGGCCUCUGAGGACCACUAAUGCAUACUUCUAUUGGGUAACAAGGGAACAAGGUUCAUUUGAUUGGUUCAAAGGAGUCAUGAAUGAAAUUGCAGAGCUUGAUCAGAGGGGUGUCAUUGAGAUGCACAACUACUUGACCAGUGUGUAUGAGGAAGGUGAUGCUCGAUCAGCUCUUAUCACCAUGGUCCAAGCACUUAACCAUGCCAAGAAUGGAGUUGACAUUGUUUCUGGGACCAGAGUGAGAACCCAUUUUGCAAGGCCUAAUUGGAAGAAGGUUCUCUCUAAAUUAAGUUCCAAGCAUUGUAAUGCAACAAUCGGAGUUUUUUACUGUGGGGCGCCAGUCUUGGCUAAGGAACUCGGCAAACUUUGCUAUGAUUUCAAUCAAAAGGGUUCCACCAAGUUUGAAUUCCACAAGGAGCAUUUCUAAAAAUAACUCUGGACCCUGUAGGCGUUUUGUGUUUACCUUCUAUUAGAAUCCACCUCACCUUUCAAAAACCCAUUUUUAACGCCUUUAUUCACCCACCCAAAAAUGGAAAAAAAAAAAAAAAAAAAAAAGCCUUCAUAAA